UGUUCAAGAAGAUUGCUGGUUGUUUGUUCUUGAACAGAAACGAUUCUUGAGUCUCUGAUCAAGUAAUCAUAGUCACAAAAUCAACUGUGAUGCUGCCCAAGAACGUACCUCAUAUAUAUUCUACAAAGUCUGAGAAACGACGGUAUAGUUGGGCUUUCUAACCCACCUUCUGCUUUGAGGUAAUCCAAACCUUUUGGAGAGAGACCAUUCCUGACCAUCAUGCCCCACCCCCAUUCUCCCGCCCCUAACUUGACGUCGAGAUUUGCAACAACAAACGAUAGGACAGACCAAUAGGAAUCCCUAAAACUUCCGCAGGAGUAGAAUGGAUAAAGCAAAACUAGAGGGUCAGAAAGGGGCCAGUGUGUGCAUUUGAACGCCGUGUUAUUAUCUGUUCGCGUCCCGAUGCGUACUUAUUGACGGACGACAAGCGCUCGCCCGUGAAUGUAUCAGUUCAGUCGGGGAAGCGUGAUGUUAGUAGCUCGCGAGCGCAUUCGGAUGUGAGCGAGAGACGCGAGAGGACGAGCUCGUGAGCUCCUCACUUCUGCCCAGUGCCCACAAGAAAGACAAGAGGUGGAGGGAGGAAUCGCCGCACUGUCACACGGACACGAACCGGGAAGAUGGAGUGAACAACCCGUUUACUGGAAAUAGCACUUCUCGUAAUCCAGGCUUCUUUUUAAGAACAUGGAUUAGGCUACAGGAAAAUGUCUUUAUAGAUUCACCGCAGUUGUGGAACAAACUUUUUCUUUUGGAUGGACCUUGCAAACAUGAUCUGAGCUGGGGGAUUUUUUUUCCCUCACUAGAUGCAAUGGAAAUAUGAAAUAUGCAUGUUUAAAACUGACCUGACGCCAGCCAAACUAUUACAGACUUCGAUAUGGCAUCUCGUGCAGGUUUGGUUCGUGGCGCGCGCACAUUCAUUUGGCCUUUCGCUUGUGUGCUUGUGUGUUUUGGUUGUUUUUCCAUCGCCUCCUCCAACCACCACGGCCGUCGGUUGAUCUGCUGGCAAGCGAUACUGAACUGCCAGUCGGAGCCAGAGUGUCAUUACGCUUAUGACCAAUAUUUGCACGCCUGUGACUCGAUCCUGAGCGGCCAGAGGAAGAAGUGUCCCAGUCACUGCAUCUCGUCGCUGGUGCAACUCAACCUGACCAAGAGCGGCCCGGCGCUGGAGGACUGCAGCUGCGCCUCGGACCCCCGCUGCCGGGAGAUCAAGCGAGCCAUCGAGCCGUGCUUGCCCAAAACCAGCAGCAUGGGUUGCACCGAAGCCCGGCGUCAGUGCGAGAGGGACAUCCAGUGCCGAAGCGCCAUGGGCGAUUAUUUACUCCACUGCGGGAAACUCUUCAGCGGCUCCAGCUGCUCGAACCCGUGCCGCAGUGUCAUCGCGUACAUGCGCAAACUUCCCAAAGCUCAACUCCUGGAUUCUUGCGUCUGUGAUGGCUCAGAGCGGACUAUCUGCGAGUUUAUCAAAAAUAGUAUGAAAACGCUUUGCUUUGACUAUCCCCCCGUGGAUGAAGAAGGCUCCAGUGGGUUGGACGAUGAUGAGCCCGAUGAUGAGGAUUACUCAGAACCAGAGCCCACGAGGAACACAGGUUCUGCUUUUGUGGCAUGUUCUGUUUUGACUGUGGUGGCAUCCAUUUUGGCUCUAGUGCCGCUUCCUUGAUCACUUUGAAGUCGAGUUAAUGAUCUGCUCCAACGGCUGUUCGGGAAUAGUGCAUUUUGUCCAUUUUCUCCGGUUUUCAAGUUCGUUAAUGGCAUGCUGUUUAAACAUUUAUUCCUUAAAACGAUCUAGUUUUUAUUUUUAUGUGUAGCAAGCAAUCCAAUAGUGACUAUCAUUUUCAACUUUUAUUAGAAGUCCAUUAGGUGCUACUAUUCUUUAAGUUACUAGUGGCUUUCCCAGUAGUUGUCUGUCCCACUUUCUAGCAAACUUUCUUGUCUCACUAGUUACUGUUGCUUUUACUGAUCAAAUGUAAUGAGAAGUCAGAGUAGCUACUUUUGUAGCCAUAAAAUUAAAUAAAAAUUAAAUUACAAAACGUACUGAAAGGAUACCAGUAGGCUAGUGUGUAUAUUCAGUUGAAAAACCUGAAUAGAUUCUAAUACGUUUGAAUAGUUUGUGAACCACAGCUCCCCAUAGAAAUGAAUGGCAAAAAAAUAGACAAUUUCAUAAAAGUGACAAUGGAUUAGUUACUUGACAUGACUAGCGAUAGUGACUAAUAGCAAAAUUACAAGUAACUAAUGAAUAAAUACUAAUUCCUGAAGAAUUCAGUGAAUUGAAGAAAAGGUCAUUGUUGGAUUACUUGCUAGCAAAUAAAAAAAAGUACUAGUAUAAUUAGCUUUAAGGAAUAAGUGUAAACACAGCUUGACAUGAUUUUUCUCCAAAGAGUACAAGUUAAGCUUUGUGUGACACUGAGGUGCAGUUCUUAUCCAGAAAUUGUCACAUUGUAAAUGUGUUUUGAUUCACUAUGCAGAUUUACAGUUACAAAUUCGCCCCAGAUGAACAAUGCCUUGUCUAAUGAAAGUUUUAAUUAUCAAGCUAAAAUUCUGAUUCUGAAGUUAAGAGCAGGGAUACAAAGUACUUUAGGUCAGUCAACUGCCUUAAACACCAACUUGCCUAUUUCAAGUGCUAUUUUGUUAAAGACAACUUUAUUUCAUUAAAGAUAUAGAAAAAGUUUAUUUUGUUACCUAGACAUUUUAACAGCGAAAGUUGUAAUUAUAAAACUGUGCACUGCCAAUGUAAAACUAGAUUUUUUUAAACAUGUAAAUUAUUUUUAUAAAGUUACAAAUGACUUUGGAUAAGUAACUUCUGUAAAAAGUCUUUGGGAUGCUGGAAUGAAUAAGGAGUAGAUCUCUAUAUUAGCUAGUAACGUUUGAUACAUCUUAUGAAAGUCCUAGAGAUUCAAGAGAGAGAACUUUAUUUUUGUCAUAAAAUAACCGUCAAAACAAAGGGUGAUGAUUCCAGCUUUAAAGGGAAGUUAAAUGUUUGUUGUAAUUAUUUUUCUUUUAAGAUAUUGUACAGUGUACAGAUUUUCAGAGAAUCUUUUAAUUGUUAUCUAAGAUGAACUAUUUACUGUGUAGACAUGUCUAAAUCCACUGUAUGACUGCCUCAGUGAUGUUCUUUUUAUAGAAGGCAUAAAAACUAAAGUACA